AUGAAACACAUGCAAGAUUGCAAGUUCUUUUCAUACAAUGCUCUCGCUACUGCCAUCAAGAAUGAGUUCAAUGGUGCUUCAAACGUUAAUGUUAUCUUUAACAAGAAGUUUGUGAAAGAAUCUAAGUUUGGUCAGUAUGUCAGACCAUUAGCUAUCGUCAUUGACCGCAAACGUUAUACUUCACAAGAGUUAGCAGUAGUUUUGAAACAAAAGAGUUUCUUCGUGAAUGUCAAAGAUACUCAUUAUACUGUCAUAAAGAACUCUAACAUUGACUUCUUCAGUAUUGCUUUAAAUCUUUCCGAACAGAAAGAAUAUAAGAAGGGUGAAACAAAUGUGAAAUAUUAUCCUUCAUCUCUGAAGACAAUAACGAACAAAGAUGUUAUACAGAAAUUCUUACCAAAGGUUGAAGAA